ACAGGAUGUUCUAGGGUGGAAGCGGCAUUGACCACAAAAGGCCAUAAAGAUAUACAAACAUUUGAUUUGGUGAAAAAACACGCAGAUGUAAACACACGACAGAACUUUCCUCUGCUUUUCUGUCCUGUUUGCUAAAUCUUCAUUUCCAGAAAAGAACAGUGGAUCUGAAAUUCUAUUUUACUGAAUUGGGAAUUACUUGAUCUGACCAUGAGGCAUUUCCUUUGGAUGUUGUUCUUCCAAGGCUUUUGGUGUUAUGAAUCCCCACUGAGGAUAAACCCCAAAUCUUUGGUGGCCUGGACAGGAUCGUGUGUCUUAAUCCCAUGUCAGAUUGAAGAAAGAAUGCAUUCUAAGAAAAUUCUUGCCACCUCUGUGGUUUGGUAUUUUCAGCCUAUUUUGAAUAUGACUUUAUUCGACUACGUUGGCACUGUCUUAUACAAUAAUUCCAGAAUCCCAAAUGAGCAUGCAAACCUACCAGGUCUUGAUUUUCAGGGGCGAGUGAGGUUUGUUGGGGAUUUAACAAAGGGAAAUUGCAGUUUGAUGAUUACUCAGCUCCAGAAAAAAGACCAUGGCACAUAUGGGAUAAAAGUGACUGCAUCUGUAGAAAAUCAAACUAGUAGACAGAUACUUUAUGAUUCAGCUACACUGAAAGUUUCUGAUUUGUUUCCAAAUCCCACGUUGGAAAUCUUGAAAUGCCAAGAAAGAUGGGCCCUGCAAGUGGUUUGUUCGGUGCCUUCCCAUUGCCCAGAAGAUCCAAUAACAAUGAAUUUCAAAGGUCUAGAGAAGUAUUAUUUGACUGCAGAAACUAUGAUGAUGGAUGAUGGAGUACUCCGGAGGAUAGUCACCAUUCAACCAGCUGCAAGAUCUAAAAAGAAAGCAAUAACCUGCCAAUUGAGCAACAAGGACAUGAAGUCAUCCAUCACUCAGGAGCUAGAAAUGAAAAAUUGUCCCAAUGAUGUCCAGGUUUCUGUUGUGAAUAAUCUGCCCAUAAAAGAAGGAGAUAUUGUCACUUUGAACUGCUCUGUGGGUAGUAGUGUCUCUGGUACCAUCUGGUUCAACUGGUGGAAGAUGAAUCUCCAUGUAGCUAAUUUUAAAUACAGCAGUUUGAAGCAAUUGACCUUCCCUGCACAUUUUGGACCAGUGACAUCUUACAAAUGUGAAGCGUGUAAUAUUUAUGGCUGCACUUCAUCUCCACUGCUCACUGUGGAUAUUUUCUUUGCUCCCAGGGAAGUCAACAUUUGGAGAAAUCCAGGAGGCCAGAUUGAUGAAGGCAUGAAUGUUGUGUUGCAUUGUGAAGUGGGAGAAGCAAAUCCCACAAAUCUCACUUAUACGUGGUAUAAAGAUGGGAAAAUGAUUUUACUGGAUUCUCCCCAUGCAUACUUGAACCUUACAAACAUAGAUCCAGCACAAUCUGGCAGCUACUGGUGUGAAGCCAGUAACAGUGUGGGCAAGACACUUUCUCCAACAAUCACACUUCAUGUUAUCUGUUUCCAUUGUGAUGAAAAUCCAAUAAGCAUAGUUCCUAAUUCUUUCGUUGCAUGGGAAAAAUCCUGCGUGGUGAUUCCAUGCCACAUCAGUCAAAUGCUUAGUUCUGGAACAGUCAAUGCCAUAGGCAUUGUGUGGAAUUUUAAGCCUUUUGGAAACAAUAGCUGGAGCAAAGGGAAAACUACCCUGUUGUACAACAGUUCUCAGAACUCUGGAACCAUCACAACUGUAUCUGAUGAUGCUUUACCAAGCCGGAUAUGGUUCCUUGGGAAUUUAACAAAUAGAGAUUGUAGCUUGCUGAUCAAUCCAGUGCGAAUGCUUGACAGUGGCAUGUAUGAAGUAAAGGUGAUUGUUUCUGUUGACAAAUAUCCGUGGCAAUUCAAGCGGUUCCUUACAGCUACAUUGAAUGUUGCAGAGUUACCUCCAGAGCCCACCUUGGAAAUUCUUCCUGUGAACAUCCAGGAGAAGAAGAUAACCCAAGUGAGAUGUUCGGUACCUUACCAUUGCCCUCAUAAGCUAAUAAACCUGACUUUCACUGGUUUAGAACACUUUCCACCACAAAAAAGGACAGUUGGAAGUGGAGUGAUUCAGACCACGCUGAGCUUUGAACCAACAUGGGAUGACAAUGGGAAAAUGCUGAGCUGUUUGUUCAAGUCAGGGGCAGAAGUGUUAUCUCAAAGCACUGUGAAGUUGGACGUGAGAUAUGCUCCCAAGGAUGUCCAGCUAGUUAUUUUAAAUGAUCUGCCCAUUAAGGAAGGAGAUACCAUCACGAUGAACUGCUCUUUUGGCAGUAGUAAGCCCAACGAUAAUUGGUACAACUGGUUUAAGUCAGAUCCCUCUACGAUUGAAUAUAAAUAUAGUGGUCCAAAUGUAAUGACCUACCCUGCAACGCAUGGACCUUACAACACUUCUUAUGAAUGUGAAGUAUGCAACAGGGUUGGCUGCACUGCAUCGCCAGUAAUCACGUUGGAGAUCUUCUCUGUUCCCAAGGGGGUGAAAAUUCUGCAAAGGCCAGAAGGGAGCAUCCAUGAACCUGCCUUGGUUUAUCUGAAAUGUGAAGUAGAAAUAGCAAAGCGCAUGGAUCUGACUUUCACCUGGUAUAAAAAUGAAGAACUGCUGGAUAGUACAGACCAUAUGCUGGUCUUCGUAAAAACAAAUCCCAGCCAUUCAGGCAUCUAUCACUGUGAAGCUGAAAACAAUGUCGGCAGAUCACGCUCCCCAGCUUUUACACUGCAUGUACUUUGUUCACUCAAUGAAGAAUCCUGUUCCCUGGUGCCCAGCUCAUCUUUUAAAUUUCUGGCCACCAUUAAACAGGAGGAGUUUAAACUGACAAUGAGGUGCUUCUUAUGGAUGCUGUUCCUUCCAGGUAACUGUUGUAAAUGUUGUUUAGGUAAACCAUUAUCUGUGACACCCCAACUCCUAAAUGUUUGGGAGGGAUCUUGUGUGGUCAUUUCAUGCAACAUCGAAAAGGAGUAUAACAGUCGAUCUAUCAACCAUGCGUCCUUUGCUUGGUAUUUUCAGCCUUCAUUUGAUAAUACCCUAAAUGAUUACAGUGGAGUGCUCUUAUAUAACAGCAACCAGACAGCAACUGAAGUCAGUUUUGAGUUUAGUAAUCGAGUGAAAUUUGUGGGUGAUUUGGGAAGCAAAAACUGCAGUUUGAAAAUUUCCCAGCUCCGCCUAAGUGAUAAAGGCAUUUAUGGGAUCAGACUUUAUUGGAUAGCUGGAAAGUUGCAAACUCAAAAGAAAUGGCUCGAAAAACUAGAAAUUAUUGUUCAUGAAACCCCUUCAGAACUGAUAAAAACAGUGUCCCCAGAAAUGACAGAAAACAACAAGUAUACAGUGGCAUGUUCAAUACCUUAUCAUUGUUAUGAUGAGCCCAUAAAAUUGUCUAUCCAAGGAUUAGAAGAUCAUCUUGUGUUGCCCCCAAAAAUUACCACUGAAAACCAGACAGUACAGACUGAACAGUCUUUCACUGCCACUUGGAAGGACCAUGGGAAACAAUUGACAUGUUUGCUAAAAACCCUUGGGAGAGAAAUAAAGAAACCAUUUGCAAAUCUGAUGGUAAAAUAUUGCCCCAAGGAUGUCCAACUUUUUCAUUCAAAUCAUUUGCCUAUCAAAGAAGGUGACAAAGUCAUUUUGAACUGCUCCGUGGGCAGUAGUUACCCCAGCAACAACAAUUACAAAAUUUUGGUAUCAAUUUUUGAUGACACAUCCAGAAGUCAGGGCUCGACACUGACAGUCGUUGCAAUUCCUGAACCAAUCACUUCUUACAGAUGCGAAGCAUGUAAUAGUGUUGGCUGCACUUUCUCCCCAACCAUCACUUUGGAUAUCCUUUAUGGCCCCAAAGAUGUCAAGCUCAAUCGAAAACCUUCAGGGUUGGUCCUUGAAGGUAAUCCUGUUCACCUGAUUUGUAGUGUGAGAGUGGCCAACCCCAAACAACUCAGUUACACCUGGUAUAAAAAUGGGCAACUUCUGUCACUGAACUCUGCAGAAAAUGUUCUAUUCAUCCAGAAUGCCAGUUCAACGGAUUCUGGCAUCUACCGUUGUGUAUCAAAAAACAACAUAACAAAGGCAGAGUCUCCAACUAUUAAGCUGGAAGUGAAUUAUGCGCCUCGUAAUGUUCAUCUAACUCUAGACAAGAAAGAUGUGACUGAAGGAAUGGAUCUCUAUAUGAGAUGUGAUAAUGAUGCUUACCCAUCAGUAGCUACUUACAAGUGGUAUUGGAAAGGAGAAGAAAUCCCUAUGGAGAAUUCAAAAUUCUUAAUUCUCAGGAAAAUUAAGGUUGAGCAUUCAGGAGAUUAUCUCUGCAGAGCAUUCAAUACUGUCUCUAAUAGGGAAUCACAGCUCAUCACCAUUAGUGUAUCCUUCAGCAGAGCUACAGUGAUGAAACACAUCUUGAUUGGCCUGGGUGUGGUUCUUGCCUUUAUUAUGUUACUGGGGUCGCUGCUUUAUGGCUUGAAGAAAUGGAAGAAAACAAUACGUUCGGACAUUGACAGUGCACAGAGGCCUGCCAGAGGCUCGUUUUUUGUGAGGAAGGCCAAGCGAGAAGUACCACCUAAUAACAACUCCAAACUAAAUGAAUGUAGAAGAGACUGCCCCCUAGACCACCAGAACGAGGAGCAAGAUGGCACCAUUUCAUAUGCAACACUCCAGUUCCCCCACAGUGGGUUACAUAACCGUACUAUUUAUUCCAGUGUCAUGCAGCCAAACGUGGGACUAGAUUCCUCAGAGAACAGCGUGAUCUACAGUAUAGUAAAGAAACCUGCAUUCCACCCCAAGAAUGACACCAAGGUGGAUUAUGAGAAUGUGGUGAAGAAAGAAGAAGAACUGCACUAUUCUUCCUUGGAGAACCUAGCACCACGCUUCCAUCCCACCAACGUAGACUUAGAAACAGAUUCUGAAUCAGAAGACAGCAUCCAGUAUGCAGCUCUGAAGCACUGAUCUACUCAAGCAUGCCAAGAUCAGGACUCUCCAGCUAGGGAGUAGAAAGGGAUUAGAAUUGGGUGUGUCUAAAAAGUUUUCUUUUUACAGCCAAGAAUAGCAGAGUUCUGCGGGUAGAAGAAGAAAGAUAACGUAGGAUAAAGGGCUAAUAAAGCCAGUAUUAAUGUUUAUAUUGUGUGUCCAAGUCAACAACAGAAGCUCUAUGGCUGGUAUAAUGGUCAGCUUUCAACGUAGAAACCUAAUUCACUGGUUUACAUGACUGCUAAAGCUUGCUCUUCUCUUUCUGAUAUUCAAUCCACUCCUUAGAAACUAUUACAGAGAGGCUCAAACGUGUUCUUGUAGGUGCUUUUUUUUUUCAAGAGGCAACUGGACUUUCUUGUUUUUCUUUGAAGACAUUUCA